UAUCCAGCGGCGAGCCACGAAAUCAGUUCGAGGACUCAAAUCUAAGCCUUACGAAGAGCGCCUCCGUCCACUAGACCUUUACCCAUUAGAAUAUAGGCGUCUUAGAGGUGAUUUAUUAAUGGCUUAUAGUAUUCUUAACACUUCUGGACAUCCUCUUAAACACCUACUUAAGCUUAGUUCGAAUAACAACCUAAGGGGUAACACCCAGAAACUGGAAACACAACAUAGCAAGACGGAAUGUAGACACAAUUUCUACUCCUUAAGAGUUGUCAAAAGCUGGAAUUCGCUGCCAACCGAGCUAGUUCAAGCGACUUCUCAGGAGUCCUUCAAGAGGCAACUUGACCUAUUCUUAAGGACCAAGAACAGCAUCACAUUAUGAUUUACCAAUCUCUUUUCCUCUCUUAUUGUUAAAAUACCUAGGUUCCUGUCUGGAGGAUUUGGUGAUCCCCUGCUACUAGACACGGAAGCCUGUUAAGCGAAAGCUUCUUCUAUUCCGUCAACAACCAUUUGAACCAUUUGAACCAUUUGAUAUCGUAGACCGCUUGCUGUAAACUAUGACCUUGAGAGGACGCGUACGUCAAGUUUGUUCCAAACUUCAGAAGUUUCAUAGCUGUGCUCUCAGAGCAAGAUUCUGAAGAAAAAAAAGAGAAACAGAAGAGCAGCAAGGCACUUGGAUAUGAACGCCAAACGUUGCUUAACAUUGUGUAGUAGAACGGGCAGAGCAUUUCAUGCAUAUUAUCCAACACCAACAACAGAAGAAUUGUGUACAUCAAAUGUUAAACUAGCCUUUGAACUUAUUCAAGCAGCUGGUAUGGUUGAACCUCCAGCAAAACUUGAAGAAAUUGUUGCAGGCGAUAGCAGUGCUGUAUUACGCGUGUUGUAUGGCAUCUAUUCAUAUUGUGCACAUAUGGAGGAUGAACAACGUCGGUAUGAAAUAAAUAAUAUUCGGGAACAAGGUGAGAUGGAUGAAUAUUACGGUAAUAACCAGAAACCUUCUGUACAACAUGGUCUAAUUAAUUUAUCGUGAAGUAUAUGUAACUGUGAUAAUAUGUCUCUGCUGUUUUCUGUGAUGUUAACAUUUUAAAAAUUACUGUGGAAUAAAAUGCGUUACCACUGGAGUGAUUUACUUUUAAUAAAUAACAGAUUAUCGUUUGAUGUUCUUUAGUUACUUUCUUUUUAGAAACAAUAAACAAUAAAACGAAUUUGUAUGUAAGUACUCCAUUAUAUUAUUUCUCUCUCUGUCUCUCUCUCUCACACACACACUCCUUUGCGAAUCUACGCUCUGCAGUCUGACAUUUUUUACACUAAUAAACGUUCUGAUGUCAGUUUUGUAGUUAUCUACAUUAUUUUUUUGCGGUUAAUUGUUUUACUUUCCUAACAAUUGAUGUCAGUUUCAAUUUCUAGAUACGAUAAUAAAAGCAAUAACUUUGAAAAGAUUCAUUUAUGAUUAUGUUCCUUUUGGUUAACUGAUAGUGUAGUUUAUUAUUUUUCUCUGCGCUAUGUAGUUUUAUUGUAUAUUGUAUAAGUUUUCUGCGCCCGUGAGUUUUAUCUCACUGAAUGUAUUCAUUACUACCAAAUAGAAUGGGGUUUUGUUU